UUCUGGAUUCAUGAGGAAUGUUUACAUUUUGUGUCCAACCUCAAAUUUUAAACAAAGUGUAUAUUUAUGAUAAUAAAGCACAAAGAACGUGAAACCUCAACACGACUACAAUCAUCGAUGAAUUAAAUAUUAAUUAAAAAAAUAAAUUGAACAAGAGUAAGAUAAAGUAUAUUUUUAAUUAAAAUUUAAUUAGAAAGGAGCACUUUUAAAGUGGAUUUGAUUUAAAAUAAUGAUAAAGCUGUUUUUUUAAUGUAUUUGUAUAUAUUAUCCUCUAUCGUGUUUAAGAAGAAGAGAAUAAUGAAGCUUUUUAUAAAAUUAUAUUUGGGUUUCUCCUCACAGAUUCAAAUUUACGUCAACGUCCGUUACGUUGGUGACGUCACCGCGAGCGCGAGGAGCACAAAGCGUUGUUAGUGUUAGUUCUGGCCUGUUUGGACUCAAACUAAAGUGAGUUUAUUCGGUUCUGUGUAACCGAACCCGUUCUGUUCUGUAUCGUGUGUAUGUGUGUAGUUAACGGUGUUAACACCUGUGUUUCAGGUGUAUCAGUAUGAAGCAGGCGGCGACGGCGCACUGAUUCACUCUCGGAGCUCGGUUCACUAAUGACCGAAUCACCGGGGAACCGACCAAAGAUAUCUCACCCCCGCACAGAGAAGAAGAACGAGAGGAGGAGAAGUGAGAAAUAACAUUUUAUAACUUUUUUUAUUCACUCCUCUGGUUCAAUAUUAAUGUUAAUAUUAUACAAAUAUGCUAGCGGUGCUAGCUUUUGAGGAGGCAGUCCAGUCCACGCAUGCGCAGUGUCAUUAAUGAGCAAGCUAAUCGAAAUGAGAUUAGCAAAUAGGUCGAGGUUAUUUUUGAUUCUAUUUAAAACGAUGAAUUCACUCUGUCAAUAACUGCCCCGUCUGAGAAUAUUGCAUGAUUUACUUUUAUAAGUGGACGUGGCUGAACGACAUGUAGCUUCACUGGCUAAUUAGAGCUCUUUUGCUAGUUUAAGGGCUGAGUCAUCCGGCUUCGCGCAUGCGCAGUGUGGGUUUAGGUGCUAUAGUCUUCUUCUUUUGAAUUAUUAUUAUUAUUAUUAUUAUUAUUAUUAUUAUUAUUAUUAUUAUUGAGACCAUUUGGGAUGAAUUUGGAGCAUGUGGGGGGUUUGAGUGACCCCAGAAUGACCUAUAAAUAUUCUUUUAAUAUCUCCAGAACUGAAGCAGCACAAACGAAAAUUUUUACGGCACAAACCAGCACAAACUAUUCUGCCGAUGUUUUGUGUUGGUGGGGGGGGCAACUUCACGCAGGGUGUGUGUGUGUGUGUGUAUGCUCUUCAAAUAUCCAGGUGUUACAUGAUCAAGUGUGUAGUGUACAGAUAGAGGGCACAAUUUAAGAAAUAGGAACCAGUCAGAGAGAGGACAUCGUAAUAAGAACAGGAAGCACUGACCAAAUAAGGAAAUAGAUUAAACCGGUACACGGCGUAUGGGAGGCAGGAGAUCGUGACAGUUAUGUUGAAUUAUAACGUGUUGGAUUAUAGAAAUAAAUAAAGUGGUACUGAUGUGUGUGUGUGUGUGUUUUAGGAUGAGCUGGAGUGGGGCAAAGAGAACUGCAUUCAGAUCAAAUGGUUACGACUCUCACUCACUCGCACACAUCUAUACACACACUUCUUGACACAGAUCCCUAACUAUCAUUUCUUGUGUGUGUGUGUUACAGGUGGCUGAGUUGUUUGAGGAUCUGAAGAAUUGAGUGUCACAAUUCAACAUGCACAUCAGCGAAACUUCCUCUCCCUCUGACUACACCAGCACGCACACACAGAAAUUCAUAGUGCAGGUGGCGAUUGCAGGCACGUUUUAUCCGAGCUACUUCCUCCAGGGAACUGUGGACGAGGAGCUCGCCUCCAAGGAGCUCUAUGGAGACGACCCCAGGACCACCGUAGUGGUGUGUAAUCUCCCUCCAUUUGCAUUCCUCUACUAUAAACUGUUCCAGUCUCUCUUCAGACACUGUGGUUAAAUCAAAUCCAUCUCCUUUGACAGCUCCAGGUGUGUGUGUGUGUGUUUUAAUUGUGAUUUUCUAUAAAUAUGUAUUGUGGGUCUGUGUGUAUCAGGGCCUAUGUAGAGUUCUACCGCUCGUCAAUGAGAGGUUCUGGUGUUCUCCCAGAGGUCUCUCUGUCUCUCCUCCUCGCGCAGCAGAGACUUCCUCUCCAUCUCAACGUU